CGGUCAGCUGACUGCUCGGGUUGGCACGUGACUUGUUGUGGGCGCAGGGGUCGAGGAAGCCGAGAGGCCGGAGCUUAGGUCCCGGAGGGAUGGAGCGCUGAGCGGUUAACGUCUGUCAGGCUUCCUGCCUCCGCACCUGCCGCCGCCGCCGCCGCCUCCUCCUGAGACACCUUCCCGGCUUCUCUUUGAUUACCAAAGAGGGAACAAACAUGAGUGAGUUCUGGCUCAUAUCCGCUCCUGGGGAGAAAACCUGUCAGCAAACAUGGGAGAAACUCCAUGCAGCAACCUCCAAGAACAAUAACCUUGCAGUCUCUUCCAAGUUCAACAUCCCUGACUUGAAGGUUGGCACAUUGGAUGUCUUGGUUGGCUUGUCCGAUGAACUGGCUAAACUGGAUGCGUUUGUGGAAGGCGUGGUCAAGAAAGUGGCUCAGUACAUGGCUGAUGUGCUGGAGGACAGCAAAGAUAAAGUUCAGGAGAACUUGCUGGCCAGUGGAGUUGACUUGGUUACUUACAUAACAAGGUUCCAGUGGGAUAUGGCCAAAUAUCCAAUCAAGCAAUCUCUGAAAAAUAUUUCUGAAAUAAUUGCCAAGGGAGUCACUCAGAUCGAUAAUGACCUGAAGUCUCGAGCGUCUGCGUACAAUAACCUGAAAGGGAAUCUUCAGAAUCUGGAGCGAAAGAAUGCGGGAAGUUUGCUAACUCGGAGCUUGGCGGAAAUCGUGAAGAAAGAUGACUUUGUUCUUGAUUCGGAGUAUCUCGUCACGUUACUGGUGGUAGUUCCCAAGUUGAACCACAAUGACUGGAUUAAGCAGUAUGAAACGCUGGCAGAAAUGGUAGUUCCAAGGUCAAGCAAUGUUCUUUCAGAGGACCAAGACAGUUAUCUUUGUAACGUCACCUUGUUUAGAAAAGCAGUUGAUGAUUUCAGACACAAAGCCAGAGAAAAAAAGUUCAUAGUUCGUGACUUCCAAUAUAAUGAGGAGGAGAUGAAAGCAGAUAAAGAAGAAAUGAACAGGCUUUCCACUGACAAGAAGAAGCAGUUUGGACCACUUGUGCGGUGGCUUAAAGUAAAUUUCAGCGAGGCAUUUAUUGCAUGGAUUCAUAUAAAAGCAUUAAGGGUUUUUGUCGAAUCUGUUUUAAGGUACGGCUUGCCGGUGAACUUCCAAGCAAUGCUCCUUCAGCCUAAUAAGAAAACAAUGAAGAAGCUUCGAGAAGUGCUACACGAGCUGUACAAACAUCUGGACAGCAGUGCGGCUGCUAUCAUUGACGCUCCUAUGGAUAUUCCUGGCCUAAACCUGAGUCAGCAAGAAUACUACCCCUAUGUGUAUUACAAGAUUGAUUGCAACUUGCUGGAAUUCAAGUAAAAAUGAGCUCCCAAUCAAUCCUGUCCUGUGUUGGUCUGUGCUCACAGAAUUAACUCUCAUGACUCUCACGCCCUUUGCUUGCUCCCUACCCUUUUCCCUCGGUGGAUUUUCUCAUGUGGUCCAUAUCUCAACAUUUGCUUUUUAAAGGAAAAACAAAUAUAUAUAUAUAUAUUGUUUCUUUAUAUUGAUCAGGUCUGUAAAUGUGUACUGAAAAAAAAUCAGAAUUUAUUUAUACAUAGAGUAGUUUAUUUAAAGAGGUAUUUUCCUCCUUGAUAUGGUAUGCAUAAUUCUGUGUGUUACUGUUGUGCACAGCCUUGUUUACAGGGAAUGUUGUAAACAUGCCUUUUGUUCACUGUGUUUAGUAGACAUUACUGUUCAGUAGCUACCAGGUCAUGAUGUAGCGCCAUGUGACAACAUGCAGGUGUGCACUUUCGGAAGGUCCCAACACUAUUUUGUCAGCACUGUUGACACCCACAGGACAGAAUAAAAGAACCUGUGCACGCUGUGCUGUGUGUGUGACUUAGAGGAUUUCUCCGCAGUGUGGGCUCGAUGGAGGUACAGUCUUAACUCACUGGGCUGCUUUCAGGAUUUUACUCCUGCCGAGGUGUGGACGUUUGUGUCUGACUUGCAUAUGAUUUAAUUGUGCCAAAUUUGGGUCAGAGCACAAAUCUGAAGGUUAUUUUUCCGACACAUGGCAAUAUUUAUAUUUGCACACUGGAUGCAUAGUUCUCCUAAAUAAGAAGUGGGGCCAGUUUUGAAUAAAGUGUAGCAAAACUA